CUUUUGUUUUCUGAUGGUUUAAGACAAAAAUACCGAAGAAAACGCAUUCUAGUGCAUCUAAGAAAACGCCGCCGCCGUCCUAUUUCCUCUAAAUCCUACUCCUCUACUUUCUUCAUCACAAAUCGCAGCAAGUCGACCCGCAUUUCUGGUUGUCGAAUGGCCAAGGCUCUCUGUGUUGUUAUCAACCUCACUGGUAAGGAUAUCAAAUUCACCGAGUGGAGGCGGGGGUAUGUGGAGGAAUUGAAACUGUGGGCACGGAAGCCCUUCCACGAAAAAACAAUUAAGUCAGGGGACCAUUACGCCUUCAGUGCGUCAGAGUUUGUCGAGCAUUGGGAGCGUAUACAGAAGGUGGUGCGAAAGUACCCGGAGUGGACUGUUUCCCUUGAAAGUGAAGAUUUGAAAGGGAUCCCGCUACCAGUCUCUGAACUCAAGGACAACAGAGCCUUCGUCUUCGAAAUGGGAGAAAACAAUGAGUUGGUGAAAUUAACUGUAUCCAGAGAAGAAGCGAAGCGCAGAGGAAUCGAGAAAGGAUUCUUUGGGAGUGUUGAGAAGAUGGCAAGCCAAUUAGUCUCACUUGUGAAUGAGCGGAAGACUGCUUCUAGCAGUGUGCGCCAGGAUGAAAACAUGUGAAGAACUUGGCAAGGCUAUUAGGAGUCACCACCAAGUCGGAUUUGCUUAUCUACCUUGCAAGUGGUCUGGUAAGUUCAGACCGAUAAAAAUCAAUAUCGCCAAGGCUGUAGUGCAUAUGAACCCUGUCAUUUGGUGAUUAGGGAUUUGUUUUUGGUAUCCAUAUAAAAAUCUUCUGACCAGCUAGUUAGGGUCAGCUGUUCGAUUGAUCAAGAUUUUUCAUUGAUAUGCUAAUUGUAUUGCUGUUCCUAUUCUCUCUAGUUUAGAGCUUCAACUCGUACCCAUCUUGUACAUCCAUUGCUGUGCCUUGAGCAAUUUAUCAUUUUAUCCAUGGUCCGGGAUACAAAUUCAGUAA